UAAUCCAAUCAUGUGCACAAUGAAUUACUCUAUCCAUCUAUCUAUCAUAUUUGAAGCAGUCCAUGUGCGAGCCUUAUGUUUGAAACUAAGGACUUUCAUGUUGAUGAUGUUCAGCUCCCUGCAAAUUAACUCAAAUCUAUUGAUUAGCUCAUCCAGAUCCUUAAAAUAUGAUACCAGAAGGAACAAGGAAAAAACAAAUUCUAACUCCUGUCAUUUAAUAUUGAGAAAGGAAAAAAUCAUUCAUGAGCAAUAUUUAUACAGAACACACAUUAUACUUGGUUAUCACACUCUGUCACUGUCACAUGUCCUCUUAGGCGCUACCUGCUGGAUUUACGUGGUAAAACACCUUGUGACGUCACUGACUGGUGCAGUGACCGCAUCUAACAGCUUAGUUGUUUUCUUAUUUCGAGAAAAACCGGGGAGAUUUAAGGCUAAUUGCUGACAUGCUGCUUAACUGAGUAAAGAGAAGGCAUUUAUUUUGCAUAUUAAUAUUCACUUUCAUUAUUUAUGCCUGCACAUAUGAAACAUUUAGAGUCAUUUCUGCUGAAAGCAAAAUUACAGGACGGCCAUCUGCAGUGUGUCCUCGCAGUGUCCAAACAAGGUGACGUAAUGUCAACAUCCCCAGGCAGGGAUGACCUGCAAUUACAGCUUCCCCUGUGUUGUAAUGAUUAAGUACAUUUCCCCCUCCCCUUUCAGAUAUAUAGUAACUGCACCUUGUAGAGCAAUAUAAUACACUGCAGUACGUAUCGUCAUUUUAAACCAUUCGGUUGCAUUAACAAAAUCACUGCAAUGUCAUCAUGUACACAAAAUGGCUUUUGUUUAUAUAUAAGCAUGUUUGCACUAACAGAUCAUACCAGAAUAAAAGCAAAUCCCAUAGGGUGACAUGAUGAUCCAUGGACCGAAAAUUAUAUUAAAGCUAUUAACAUAUAGGUAUACCUUAAAUGAGCACUGAUAAAGUACUGAAACACAAGAAAAAUGCCACAACACGAAACAAUAGAAAAAUCAAACUGUGCAAACUCACGUGAGCCUGAGGUAUAAUGAUCUUGUCUCCAUCGAUUUCUUUUUCGGGUUUCUGCGCCGAAACCGUCUGGAAAGUGAUCUUCACCAUGUUUGUUUGUUAAAGAGUGUGUUUGCUUUAUCUAUUGAGCUGAUUUUAGUGCGCUGGUUUCAUCCAUAGAGCAGGGAAGAUUAUAUAGCGGUAGAACAGUCUCGCCCCCGGGACUUAGUGACCUCAGAAGAGCGUCUUCUCUGACGAACAAGCACUGUGUGGGUCUGGAGAAAAGCCGCCUCGCCGCUGUCAAAAUAAGAGUCCAAGUCCGGUUACAAUGUCCACAUUUAACUCGAAAUGCGCCGUUUAUGGUCUGUUAGGUAAACAUCUGAAUAUAAUUAAUGACCAAAGCUAAUCAGCAUUAAAAUGACCAAUUGUACCCUUCGUGUAAGAAUAUAAGACUACACCGUGCCCUUAUUCUGAAGGCAAGUGCCCGAUAUGGUAGUGUUUUCCGUAUUUUAUUUAAAGCUGCAUCUCCUGUUCUGUUCUCAACACUUCCAUCCGGAAAUGUAGGGUUGUUUCAAACACCCAGUAAGCUAUAAACUGCCAUUCGAUUCGCUCUAGGUCACUAUUACUUAUAAUAAUAGUAAAUGGGCAUCAGCAAAGCAUUUCAUGCAUUUAGUAUUUUACCAUAAAUAACAGUGCAGGAACAAUAUGUGCCUUGCACUGAGUAUUUAAUUUUUAUUUUAAUAAAUAGUAUAUUAUAUAGUACAUUAUUAUGCAAUAUUAUGUAAAGUAACAAAAUGAGCAUAAUGAGCAUUCGUAUAAACGUUGAGCUUUAGUGUGGAAUUAGUGUUUUACAUAAAAGUUAAAACAUACAUCAAAGUCUAAGUGAAAUGUGAAAGGACACAACUUUGCAAUAUCAUAGUUAAUCAUAUCAUCAGAUGUUAAUAUUUAUUGCUGUAACUUAAACCUUACACCCAGCACCCAGGCUCAGUAGUGUACUGAAUCAAUGAAGUUAUGAUAGUGGAUCACUGCAGACCAAACGGCGUAAUAACUAGAGACAUCCACACAGCCAUUGUGACUAUAUGUGGAUACCCAUGACAGAGUGCCAUUAUGACUCACUGCAUGCAUACGCUUUAAAUAGAUGAUACGACAUAAUAAGCUCUACUCUACUACUUACAGAGAAUGUAAUCAUGUCACUAAAUCAUCCAAGGGUGCUGGUUUUUUGGGUUUUUUUUUCCAGCCAGCACUGUUUUAGGUUGUUGUUCAUUUGCAGAGACUCGAGGCUAUUUACACUCUUUACACUUUGCUAUGUACUUGACAAAUGGCUCAUAUCGUCCAAUUCACAUUAGUUGUUUUUCGGAGGGAAUGGAGCACUUGCCCAGUCCCCAUAGGUGAACUGAUGGCUCACAAUCAAGCAUUUAAUAGGAGAACUGACUAAUGAUGCAAUGUGAGAAUUAGCAGAUAUAUGGCCUAUAUACAUUUAAAGGACGUGCUUUGAAUAUCAGUUUUAAAAAGGUAACAUUUUGAAGUACUACAUUAGUGUCAGUAAGUCGUACCAAAAUGUUUUUUCAAAAAUGCAUGUAUCAAAAAAGAUAAUGUCUUUGUAUUCAAAGAUAUAUCAUGGCACUACCAAGAGAAAAGCAAGACUUAAAUAACCUACAUAUGAAGGACUGUGAUUAUAAUGAUCCAUGAUUAAAUAUGUUAGUUUCUUAUUUGUUUCAGCUGCGGAUAUGUAAAACAUUGUUAAACCCCUUUCUGGUUGAAUUCAUAAUUUGAAAUCUGUAUAACUUGUACUCAUAAAUGUUACUCAAGUAAAAGUACAAAGUGUUAGCAUAAAAAAAACUUCCGAAAAAAACUACUUAUUAUGCAGAUUGGACCAUUUUCUAAUAAUAUUGAUGCAUUAAAAAGUUUAUCAAAGAUGGUAAACGUGGAGCUAAUUUUAACUACUUUGUAUACUGCUGGAUAGCUUGUGGAUUUACUCCAGGUGUAACUAAACUUAUUUAAGUGUUGAUUGUAUUGCAUAUCAUUAAUCACAAACUGCUAAAUGACUUGAGUAAAUGUUCUUAGUUACUUUACAUCCGUGGUAAAUUAUGGUAAAUUUGUUCUCGACUAUAUCGAGGACAAAAGCUAACAUGACCACUGAUGAUUGGCGGACAUGAGCGUUGCGCGCUCUCGAUAUGUCUUGCUCUCCUAGCCAGUUCCCCCAUUCAUAUGUAAAUGAGCCGUCAUAUAUACCUAGCACAAGCCCCCACGGAGCAGCAUUUAGGAGCCCAGUCCCUCUGCAAGCUUUGUUGGCUGUUGAGAUCACCCGGCCAUCUGUCCCGUUAACGAGCUUUAACGGCUUUCUGGAUUACUCACCGACCUCCAGAGGGUUUCUGGCAGCGCCUGGGUUAAACUUUAACAACAUGGCCCCCAUCCGUAACACAAACGACACGGACCGAGGUGAUAACUGCACUGGAAUCAAAUCUGACAGAAAGAUGAGGAAACCUCUGGUGGAGAAAAAAAGGAGGGCUCGCAUCAAUGAAAGUUUACAAGAACUCAGAGUCCUCAUGGUGGAUUCAGACUUACAAUCAAAGAUGGAGAAUGCCGAAGUGCUUGAGAUGACAGUGAAACGGGUGGAGAGCGUCCUCCAAAACCAGGCCCAAGAAGUGGACGCUGUGAACCGGGAGGCUUGUGAGCGGUUUGCUGCAGGCUACAUCCAGUGUAUGCACGACGUGCACACCUUUGUGUCCAGCUGCCCGGGGAUUGAUCCAACAGUGGCCGCAGAGUUGUUGAACCACCUCCUGGAGAGCAUGCCCCUGAACGAGGAGGACCGCCUCCGGGUGUUGCUGCCAGACACAUUGUCAGAGAGCCCCGGUAGUAACCGCAGCACUUGGUCCCUGUCUGAAAGCAUGUACUCGGCCCUGGUGUCCCCAGCCCCCUCAAGCACCUCCACCGAUGACCUCUGCUCUGACCUGGAUGAGAGCACAGACUCGGAGCAGAGUCAUGUUUCUUCAGAGGAGGAUGCUGACAGCCAGGAUGUGUUGAACUUACCUCUCAUUUGUUACUCAAAGUCAAUGUGGAGACCAUGGUAGAACAGUAAAAAGGGAAUAGCAUGUUUUUCAACACUAAAUGGUUUUGUGUUAGGAUGUUUUGUGUGGUAGACCUCAGUGCUGAAAUGACAACUUUUUGAGAGGCAUCUAAGAAGAUCUUGUAUUGCGGGAUUACAAUUAAACUAAAUUGUAUUUAAUAAAUAAAGUAUGUAAUUAAGUCUGUUUUGCAGAGGUCAGAGACUUGUAGGGCCUGCAUUUGGAAGUGUAUUGGCCUUGUUGGGCCAGCCUUCAGUGAAGGGGUAAAUGCAUAUGUAAAUAUUUACAUGUUGAAUAUGAAUCAGCUGUAUAGAAGAUAGCUUUCCCACUAAAAUGCUUUGUUAGUUGUGUGUAAAUUAUUUUGUAUUUAGUGUGUCUUUUUAACUUUGUAUUUAUAAAUGUCCAAUGACUUUUAGUAGGCUACCUCAUCUGAUUGCCUAAGUUUCAACUUUUCAAUAAAUAUCUUUUUGACAACUUC